AUGAAUCCAACAAUGUUUGAGAAUAGGGACUUGUCCUCCCAACAAUACUUCCUACAACUGGCAAUGUGUUUGUCAGAGAGACGCGAGAAUAAGGCAAUGAUGAAACAACAACUUAAUACAAAGACGAAGAGGGUUACGAAGAGAGCAUCGAUUGAUUCGUUGGACAUCAAAAGCGCAAUGAUGCACCAGCAACAUCAACAAAUACCAUCAGUACCAACGCAACCCCUGAUCGUGGAGAGGAACCAGCCAUCAAACAAAGAGAAGGUACUGAACCAUGGCACCGCCGCCAAGAUACUUUACAACUUGGCGGAUUCUCCAGCCCCAGUCCACUCCCACUUGGCCAAGCAGACCAAGAUUGUACACAAGCGUCACUCUAUCAAUUCCUACAUGCCAAACAGCAUCGAAACACAAAUCCAGCGUCAAAUCAACAUGCUACACAACCCACAUGUGCAGCAACAACAAGUCGUCCCGCAGCAGCAGUCCGUCCUCCAAUCGCCUCCCCAACCUCACAACAUGCUACAGUUGCAACCCGAGUAUGUGCCGGCGUCCCCGACGAGUGCCACACAAGCGGGAGGCAAUGAGUUUGACAUUGGAGUGUUCAACAAGCAGUUCAAGAAAUGUAUUGCCUUGCCACCCAUACCAAAGGAUCGCCCACCUUUAGCCCCAUCAUCAUCCAAGAGUGAGAGUGAGAGUGCACUGUUCAACCAAAGUAUAAAGUCACUUCCAAGUCUAAUGCCAAUGAACCAUCACAUCAACAAUAACACCAACAAUACCAACCAUGUAAACUUGCCUGCGAUACAAGAUGUGGCUUCCCCAAGACCAACGCUUGACCUUCCACCAAUCCAAAGUUCUGUCGUA